UAUAAUAUUGUGCUAUCGUAAUUCAUUACACAAGUUCAAGUAUCUGUGUUCUAUAAAUACUUCUGGAUUGUGUAUUUAGUUGCAAAAGUAAAGAUACUUUCACCAUUGUAUACUUCUUCUGUAGCUUAAGAUGAGUGACGAUUUGGUAAAAGUAGCAGUUCGUAUAAGGCCUCUAAUUCAAUCUGAAGUAGAAAAAGGCUGCCAGACAUGCCUCAGUGUUAUUCCUGGAGAGCAACAAAUUCAUAUUCAGUCAUCAGACAAAUUUUUUACUUUCAAUUACGUAUUCCCUGCAGAAGUUAGCCAAGAAGAUUUUUACAAUACUGCAAUAAAAAACAUGGUUUCAAAUAUUUUUGAAGGCUACAACGUGACAAUUUUGGCUUACGGGCAAACUGGCAGUGGUAAAACUUUCUCUAUGGGCACAAAUUAUAAUGAGAAUGAUGCCAAUUGUGGUAUAAUACCAAGAGCUGUUAAUGAUAUAUUUGAGCAAAUUUCAGCAAAAGAAAAAUUGGAAUAUAAAGUUACUGUUGCAUUUAUGGAAUUGUACAAAGAACAACUGUAUGAUUUAUUAGCCAAAAAGCCUCGAAGUCAAUGUAUGGUUGAUAUCAGGGAAGAUGGAAAAAAUAUAAAAAUUGUUGGUUUAUCUGAAAUUCCUGUAACAAAUACUCAAGAAACUCUUCAUUGUCUUGCUAAUGGCUCAUUAAAUAGAGCAACUGGAGCAACUGCAAUGAAUGUACAAAGUAGUCGAAGUCAUGCUAUAUUUACUUUAUCUGUUUAUCAACAGAAAAGAGAUGAUCCAAACACUGCCAAAUUUGCCAAAUUUCAUUUUGUUGAUUUGGCUGGAUCUGAAAGAAGUAAGAAAACACAAGCAACAGGGGAAAGAUUUAAAGAAGGUGUAAAUAUUAACAAGGGAUUACUAGCUUUGGGAAAUGUCAUCUCACAACUUGGUGAAGGUGGAAAUUCAACUUAUAUUGGAUACAGAGAUAGUAAAUUGACACGUUUGCUGCAAGAUUCUCUUGGUGGCAACUCUGUAACAUUAAUGAUUGCAUGUGUUAGUCCUGCAGAUUACAAUAUUGAUGAGACAACAAGUACAUUGCGUUAUGCAGAUAGAGCCAAGAAAAUUAAAAAUAAACCUAUCGUUAAUCAAGAUCCGCAUGUUGCUGAAGUUAAUCACUAUAGAAAAAUUAUUCAAGAACUGAAAUCUGCUUUGUUCAGUAAAGAUGGAGGUGGAAAUUUGUGUCCUCAAGAACAUGCAGAGUUGAUGGAAAAAAAUGAAUCUUUGCAGAGAAAGUUAAGAGGAUUAACAGAGACAUUAAAUCUUAAUUUAGUUGAAAUGGUUCAUAUGCAUGAAUUAUCAGAAUUAGCUGAGAAAUCACGAGAGAAAUUAAAAAAUGCCAUUUCAGCUAUUUUGGAAGAUUGCGAAAAUUUACUUAAAGAUUUUGAUAAUGAUCUAAAUGAUAUUGAAAAUCAUAAAGUGAAGUUGGAGAAUAUUUGUUUUAAAAUCAUAAUGUUACAAAAAGAGCAAAAGCAAGCUGUGGAGGAGCUAGUAAGCCAUGAGCUAUCUGUUGAAUCUGCAAAAAAUGAUAGCUUAAAUUCUGAUUCUAUUUUGAGUAAUCCUGAUGAAAAUGGAGUACACAAUGAAACUUAUGACAUAGAUGAGAAACAUGAAGAACAUACUCUACAACAAGCUGAAAGGGUAGAUGAAGUUCAGUAUAUUAAUCGGCAACUAGCUAUAAAAGAAGAAUUGGUCUCUAAUCUUUUGAAAAAUUCAUCCCAAUUGGUAGAGUAUCAAAAAGAAUUGGAAGAAAUGGAACAAGAAAUAAAGAGUUUGCAAAGUGAAAAAGAAGAGUUGAUACAAGCACUUCGCAACGCUCAAACUAAUAAUGCCUGUGCAAAAUUAUCUGAAACUCGGCGUAAAAAAGUACAAGAAUUAGAAAAACAAAUUACUGAAUUGUCACGCAAAUGCUUAGAGCAAAAUAAGAUUAUCAAAGGUAAAGAAAAAUCAGAUGUACAAAUAAAAAACUUGUCUAAUGAAAUAAUGGCUUUGAAGCAAACCAAAGUUAAGUUAAUAAAAAGCAUGCGAAUUGAAACUGAUAAAUUCAAUAAGUGGAAAAGACUAAGAGAACAAGAACUGUCUAAAUUAAAAGAUCAAGAUAGAAAGCGUGUUAAUCAAAUUUCAAAACUUCAGGCCGAACACGACAAGCAAAAGAAUGUUCUCAAGAGAAAAUUGGAAGAAGCUCAAGCAAUUCAAAAAAGGUUAAAGAAUGCUUUGGAUUCACAAAAGAAAGUUGCUACUCUACGGCGGGAAAAAAAUGUCAAUUCAAAAGAAGACGUUUCUUCUUGGGUAAAUCAAGAACUAGAAGUACUUAUGAGUACAGUAGAUGCCGAAUGUACAAUCGAGAGACUGAAAGCUGAUAAAGCAGUGUUAGCUAAUCAGUUAGCUGAACUUCAAUUAAACCACGAAUCAAGACAUCAAGCACAAAUUGAGGAACUUGUGGAAUUUGUUGAAUUAAGGAAUAUACAAAUUAAUGAUCUUGAACAACAUGUUAAGGAAUCCAAACAAGAAAACAAAACGAAAUCAAGGUGGCACGUCAUAUCCUCUAUGGCGGAUGCUAAAGAUGCUUUAAAAAUACUCUUUGAAAUUACAGCUUCAAAUAGAAAAGACUUCAGUAUACUAAAAUCACAACUUGAUGAUGUGAUGGAAACUAACGAAAAACUAAAAGCUACAAUUGAGAAAUACCAACUUGGUGAAUCGAAUUCCAAAAUGAGGAGAGAACGAUUGGGUAUGCAAUUGAAUAAUGACUCAACAAUUGAAAAAAAUCAAAUUAUACAAAAUUUGCAAAAGCAGCUCAACUUUUACAAAGAAAAAUGUGAAAAUUUAGAAAACAAGGUGUUAACAGAAAGGGAUAUAAAUAUAACUGAGAAAAAGCCGAUGUAUAAAGCAGUUAAAAGUGUUAUAAAGCAAAGCGUAAAUCCUUAUGAUAGCUUCACUAUAACAGAUGACAGUUUGCUAGAAGAAGAUGAUGACGAAAAUGAUCCAGAUUGGCAAAAAACGCCAUUGUAUACAAGAAUUCGCAAACAAGAACACGAGCUUAAGCAAGUUGCAAGGGAAAAUAAAAUAACGCUAAAGAGGUCCUCGGGUGGACAAGUUAAAUGUAACUGUAAAACACAAUGCCAAUCACGAAUUUGUUCAUGUAGAAAAAAUGAAGUUUCAUGCGAAAACUGCAACUGCAGUCCACUUUUAUGCACAAACAGAAGUGUCGAUACUCGGAGAACUCUAUUUUCAGACGGACAUGAAACUAAUGAUGGUGACAUUAAUAUUGAAGUCAAAAAACAAAAACUUGAAACUGAAUCUUAAGAUAAUAGCCAUCAAAAAGCAAAUUUCUAGAUUAACGAAGAUUAAUUUAUGCUAUUAAAACUACGCAAAACUAUUAUCAAAAAGCAACAUAUUGUUGAAGAGUUGGAUUUCUUGUAAUUGGCUAAACUUGUUUAUUCUUAAUCUUUCAUUUAGUGACUAAAAGAAUAAAAUAUUGUAAUUAAAUACUUUGAAUUCAAAUAAUUGUAUGUACAUACAUAAUUUUGAAAUGAUUAAGAAUAGUAGUUUGAAAAACACUUUACAAAGACAGUAAAAUAAAGCUUCAAA